GGCAGCAGUAAUCUGGAUUAACAUGGGGGGUGAUAUUCCCUAGGGCAGAUUUAAUGGAUCCCUGCGCUGGGGUAACUGUGCCAGGGCAAGUUAUUACAGUGGCACAUUCACAGAAUCCCAAGAAGAAGGAGGGGGGGGGGCAGCCCAACCCCAAACAAUUUUAAAGGGCCAGUAACCUCAUAAAGUCCAUGUUGUCUCUAACCAGCACCUUCCAGCGAACUGUCUCCUGGCAACAUUUGUUCUCCUUUAUACGAGAGGUUUCAUUGUGGCUUUGGGCAGAGAGUCAUGAAUGGCAUUUGCCUCAUUCCUAGGAGCCCAUUGUAUUCUAUGGAGCUUACCUGCUGUGUGACUGCCGGCCCUCUAUGCCAGUUUCUGCUACACGCCAUUUUAUUUCUAUGACUUGUAGUGACGCUUCAGACGCACAGUCUGUACGAGUGCAGGGAAACAGAUAAUUAUAUUCCCACACGGAGACAUUUGGUUUUGCUUGCCCUUUAGUCGGUGGGAGAGCGGCGAGCAGGCUGCAGUACCGGUUGGGGAGCGCUAGAGGGCGCGGCUGAGCAGUUUCCCUGCAGCACUGUCGGUUCAGACUGAGCUGCUCAGACUUCGCGACUGUUUCACUUCUGCCCAAUUCACAUACAGACGAAUGCGACAGCGGGGGGAGAUGCGGGCCAGACUGUCGCUCCGGUCAUUGUGCAGUCGGGAAGGAGUCUGACGGCUGCUUAGGGCUCUGCCAGGGCCGGGGAUCAGCACACGGGCAGCUCCACUCUCUCUAUCGCUGUCGCUGCUGCUGAAUGAGGAGCGACUGGCGGCGGUUCUGACCAUGCAGCCGGCCACUGCCUCGGUGUUGGACCUGUCCCGGAACGUCCCGGUUACUGAGGGGAGAGACAACUUGUACAGAGCAGGUCAGUGUAAGAAGAUGUCGCCUCCAGAAUCGGGCACCCUGCACAUCGUCUAUGGGAACGGCUCCUCCGUUGGCACCGUCCUAAUGUUCCAGUGUUCCUCCAUGUACCAGUUAGUGGGAGAGGGGAUCUCCACCUGCGUAUGGCGAGGGAACAGCACCUUAUGGACCUCGGGCGCACCCACGUGUAAAGCAAUCUCCAGAUAUGAGACGUUUGGCUUUAAAGUCGCCGUUAUCGCCUCCAUAGUGAGCUGCGCCAUUAUCCUGCUCAUGUCCAUGGCUUUCCUAACGUGUUGUCUCGUCAGCUGCGUCAAGAAAAACGAGAGGCGCCGCUCGGAGAGCAGAGAGAAGGUCGUGUGGCACCAGUUGGACUGUGAGGGGCUGGAGAAUGUGCCGGCGGAGCAGUUUGGGAUGAAAGGCAGAAAUAAUAACAAUAAUAAAGAUGGCAGCCGGCCUGCGCUGGCGGAAUGGAUCAGUAUGGCGUACGAGAACCACGGGUUCUGUAGAUGCCACGAUGUCUGGGCAGGGGAAGUGCCCGCCGCUGCCUUCGGAGGAGAAUGUUCUGGUUCCGGCCCAAAGCCUGCCAGUCGCGGUGCCCCCAGCUGCAGCGUUGCCAUACAGACGGUGAGCGGGGGGCACAUUAUAGAAGUUUACGGGCGGGAUAAGGAGUUUAUGAGAAGGUUUGAGGCCCAAUUACCCGAGUGAUACAGAACCGAUGUACCAAUGGGGCCACCUAUGUGCCUUACACGCGGCCGGGACGUUCUUGUGGGUCGGAACCAGAGAAGAAUUUCCAGGUGCCAACCGAUUGGUGAUGUUUCAUGAUCCGACCUUUUACCGCUUAUUAGCCAAAAGUCUCUGGAACCAACCAAUAGGGAUCCUACGCAGUCACUGGCGCCCAGAAGAACCCAAAUGCCCCCAAGGAAAAGGUUCCGAUACUUGGAAGACUGAGUUUUCGGGUCAGCGCUUUUGGAUGCAGAGAGAAAUGAAAAAACCAAUAAGAUCUUGGGGUUGGUUUCCCUUUGCACAAUGAGGGCUAUAUGUAUCUAGAGGGGCAGCUGAUUUUGGGGCGUAACUGGAUCAGCGCCAGCACUUGGCUCAGAGUUGGGGGCAGCAGACUUGGCACUGAGGAGUUUCCUUUGCCCCCCCCGUCUCUGAGCUGUCGGGUCAGAACCUGCCGUAGCAAUAAAUAACAAACUGGGUUUUUGUAUCUGAUCUCUGGUGCAAUCGAGUUCUGACUCCCGGGGUUUUGUACCAAUUACACGGGGCCCAAAGUCCAACAAGAGAAGGACUGGAGGUUCUACCAGAACCCGAAUCACUUCAUCUCACAGCGGCUCAGUGGUGCCAUGACGGUUGGGCACAGAGGGCACUGCCAGCGAUUCCCAGGCUGUACGUUUGGGGAUUGGGAUUUCUGGUGCUGGUUCUGUUGGACCAUUCUACUACUCAAAGGACAAUAACUCCGAGCAGCACAAUCUUUUCCGAAUGUCCCUGUAAGUUCUGGGCGGCGCCCCCCCGGGCCCGGGGCAAUUGGUUCCGUUACCCGCACAGAACCCUCCUGUCAGUUUUCUAAUUUGAUAAAGAAACGCAUAUUUUUGCACAUAAUUACUGAGCAAUGAAAAUUAUACACUUGUC